GUGGAACCUUGUUGCAGCAACAGCAAAUCGCUCAAAUUAAAAAAAUUAUUUUCUUUCUUUCUAUUUCUCGAUUCAAGGUCCGAUCAUAUUCCUUCAGGGGUUUGAGAUCAUUAUAUUUGGAUGAAUGGGGAUUCAAACAAUGGGAAGUCAAAGUAAUGGGCAACAGUCACAUCUACAGCCCUCUAGACAAAACUCAUGGUAUAAUUUAACAUUGAAUGAAGUUGAGAAUCAAUUAGGGAUUUUAGAGAAACCCUUGGGAAGUAUGAAUAUGGAUGAGCUUCUUAAGAAUGUAUGGACCUCUGAGUCUGAUGAAAUUGAGAACACUUCAUCACCAUCUUGUUUGCAACAACGUCAGACGAGCAUGAUGUUGGCAAGGGCGUUGAGUGGGAAGACAGUGGAUCAAGUUUGGAAAGAAAUUCAACAAGGUUAUGAGAAGAGGUUUGGUCGUCAAAGGGAACCGUCACUUGGGGAAGUUACUUUGGAGGAUUUCUUGAUACAGGCAGCAACAGUUAGUCCUUCCAUGGAAUUGGAUUCUCCGCAACCAAUGGCUAUGACACCUUCAAUUCCUACCUUGUCAAACACAAUAACACCAACCCGAAAGCGAGAGGCUGAUGCUAAUGCAAUUGAGAAGAGUAUUGAGAGGAGGCUGAGACGGAAGAUCAAAAACAGGGAAUCUGCUGCUCGUUCACGAGCUAGAAAACAGGCCUAUCAUAAUGAGCUUGUCAGCAAGGUUUCACGUCUUGAAGAAAGCAAUAUAAAGCUCAAGAAAGAGAAGGAAUUUGAUAAUAUGCUUGGAUCUGAAUCAUUAAACCAACCAAAAUGCCAACUGCGGAGGACGAGCUCAUCUUUAUUCUGAUGUGAAUUUGGCAUUACAGCUUAGUAGUUUGUUAAAUGUUAGACUACAGUGCUUGGAUAUAUAAGUGAGCUGCUUGUUGCUUCUGCUGCUGAUGUGCUUCUUCCCUUGUAACCAUUAGGUUAUGGUUCAUAUGUAAAUUUAUGAUUAGUUGAUGUUGGAAAGCAAACACAAACAGCACCAAUUGUGCCAUGUUUAUAAACUUAGGUACUGUUUGUUUCCUGGAAAACAUGAUCAAGAAAGGGUUAAAUUGAAGCACUCUAAAAGUUUCACCUUGUGUAGCAAGUGUUUAUACAAGUCGUGAUAUAUGAAUAAAUGUCUGGGUUUAGAGUAA